AUGCACAACGCCGUCACAAGACUGCAGAAUGUCUUUGGCUUCUUCACGACGGUGGCCUUUGUCGUCGCCGCCAUCAUUGCCGCGGCCGACUUUUCUAUGCCCAGGACCCCUAGCGCCGCAAUCUCCACGACAAACGUACAAGUAGUCAAGGGCCGACCGCACUACUACUCGAGCAAGAAGGAAGAGUACGCCAUCAUAAAGUUCUCGCUCGACGCGGACCUCAGCUCCCUGUUCACGUGGAACACGAAGCAGGUCUUUGUGUACGUGACCGCCGACUGGACGACGACGAGCAAGACGGGCAAAACGGCGACGGCGUCAACAAACCAGACAAACAGCGCCGUCAUCUGGGACGCCAUCAUCACGAACCCCAGCGCGGACCACCUCACCAACCUCGGACCCAUCGCCCUCAAGAAGCUGGUCCGCAGCGCUGAGGGCAAGAGCAUCGCCCCGAGCCGAGGCAUCCUCUCCCUCAAGAACCAGAAGCCGAAAUACCAAAUCACCCACCCGACCGGCAAGAUCGCCGAGGCCGACGACGUCACCCUGCGCGUGCACUACAACGUGCAGCCCUGGGUCGGCCCCCUCACGUGGAACCAGGACCGCGACUUUGGUCUGUGGAAGAGCAUGGCCAAGGGCAUCAGCGACAGGUUCAGACUGCCUGCUCUCAAGGUCAAGAGCGCCGGCGGCGGUAGUGAGAAGGCUUCCUCUGGCAAGGCGAAGAAGGCCGGUAAGGCGUGA